GCAGCAGCGCUCGCCCGCUCCCCGGGGCCGGCGCGGAGCGGAGAUGCUGCCGCCGCCGCGGGGCUCCCGCCGGUGGCUGGCCAUCGCGCUGCUCGGCCUCUGCUGGUUCCUGCCUCCCGGGAGAUUGGCCGCGCCGGGCGGAGACUUCCCGGGCUCUGCCGUGGACAACCUGGUGGUCAGGAAAGGGGACACGGCCGUGCUGAGGUGCUACCUGGAAGAUGGAGCCUCCAAGGGGGCCUGGCUGAACCGCUCCAGCAUCAUCUUCGCAGGCGGCGACAAGUGGUCGGUGGAUCCGCGCGUGUCCAUUGCCACGGCCAACCGCCGCGAGUACAGCCUGCAGAUCCAGGACGUGGACGUGACCGACGACGGCCCCUACACCUGCUCCGUGCAGACCCAGCACACGCCCAGGACCAUGCAGGUGCACCUCACCGUGCAAGUGUCCCCCAAGAUAUUCCGGAUCUCCAGCGACAUCGUGGUCAACGAGGGCAGCAACGUCACCCUGGUGUGCCUGGCCACGGGGAAACCAGAGCCCUCCAUCUCCUGGAGACACAUCUCCCCCUCUGCCAAGCCCUUUGAGAGCGGGCAGUACCUGGACAUCUACGGCAUCACCAGGGACCAGGCCGGGGAGUACGAGUGCAGCGCGGAGAACGACGUCUCGGUGCCGGACGUGAGGAAAGUCAAAGUCACAGUCAACUUUGUCCCCACAAUUCAGGAACUUAAAUCCAGCGGUGUGAUGCUUGGAGGGAACGGCCUGAUCCGGUGCGAAGGUGCAGGAGUGCCUGCCCCGGACUUUGUGUGGUACAAAGGAGAGAGGAAACUGAUCAAUGGUCAACAAGGAAUCACUAUUAAAAAUUAUAGUACAAGAUCCCUUCUUACUGUUACCAAUGUGACAGAAGAGCACUUUGGCAACUAUACUUGUGUCGCUGCCAACAAGCUAGGGACGACCAAUGCCAGCCUGCCUCUCAACCCUCCCAGCACAGCCCAGUACGGCAUCACCGGGCACGCCGAGGUGCUCUUCUCCUGCUGGUCCCUGGUGCUGACGCUCUCCUCCCUCAGCAGCAUAUUCUACCUGAAGAACAUCCUUCUGCACUAAAUGUAAAGACCCAUAAAAGGCUUUUAAGGAUUCUCUGAAAGUGCUGAUGACUGGAUCCAAUCUGGUAGAGUUUGUUAAAAGCGGCGUGGGAUAUAAUCAGUGCUUACAUGGGGAUGAUCGCCUUCUGUAGAAUUGCUCAUUAUGUAAAUACUUUAAUUCGACUCCUUUUUUUUGAUUAGCUGCAUUACCUUGUGGAGCAGUACACAUUGUCCUUUUUUAAGACGUGAGAACUCUGAAAUUACUUUUAGAGGAUAUUAAUUGUGAUUUCAUGUUUGUAAUCGACAAGUUUUCAGAAGCAUUCAGUCAUGGUCUGCUGACUCGCAGACUGUAGUUUACAAAAAAAAGGAUAUUGCAGUAAAAAUGUGCUUCUUUAAGGCUGCAAUACAAACAUUCAGUUCCCUCCUCAACUAGCAUUCUAUCCAAACUUACACAAAAAACAUUCGUUCUUUUUUGAGUAAAAAAAAAAAAAAUCUCAAAUAAUAUUGCCUUCAAAAUACUUCUUCAAAAUAUUACACAUAUCUAGAUUUUCUUCUAGCAUGAUAUUCAGGUUUCAAGAAUGAGCCUUGUACUAUAACUGCGUUGCGCAGUACCGCUUUUGUUCUCUUCCCUCCUUCCUGCCAGUUCAGCAUGGUUGUGCCUUCAUGAAACACGACUUUCCUCUUCCUCUCCAAGCGGUCUGGAAUGUGUUCUGGGAAAUGCUGGAGCAUCCUUUGGAGCGUAGGAGAUGUCUGGGUGAGGCCAGAGGAGCCCGGGCUCCCAGGAAAGGCUCCUGUCCCCCUGCAGGAGCUGCUCCAGGGCAGGGCUCAGCUCAAGGGCAGCACCAGCUCCUUCCUGUCCCUCCCUCCACCACCACUGAGCAGUAGGUGACCUCUGUAAAAACGACAUUUCCCGUUAGGAAACAGAGCUCCAACGAUUUUGUGGCACCUUUUGAAUGUCGGAAUGUUCCCCCCAAAGCCAAAUUCCCACCUGGCUGCAAAUGUCAGGACCGUCCCUUUUGUAUUGCUGGCAAAGCCGACGUGAAUUGGUAUUUUUCUUGCACUCAAUUUUGUACUGGUUUGGCUGAUUUAGCAAUGAUAAAGGAUGCUUUGAACCAUGAGACACCUGCAAAUCCCUGGAGUAUCAAUUUUCUAUCUCCACAUAUCCGUGUGGCAGCAGCGAGGCUGCUCCUGCUGGGGGCACGUGGCUGUGCUUGGGGAGCCACCUGGGCAGGCAGGGCUUGGGGGGCUGCUCCCCUGGCCAGGGCUGUCCCUCCAGCCCCACACACCAUCCCAUGGAGGGGACCCUGCUGGCACACCCUGAGGGAUCAGCCCAGCAAUCCUGUGCAAUGGUGCUCCAUCCUUCACAGCCCCGCACGGCGCUGGUGUGAAGUGCUGCUCACACAGAGCUGCCACCUGUGCCGCUCACUGGGGUGGCCGUGGCCAGCAGCCCUUGGGCACCACAUCCCCUGGUGGCCCCAAGAGCUCCUGACCUGCUCACCAACAACUACUGACAGCAGGAAUAACAAAAUCCUUAUCACAGAAUCCUGGGCUGGGCUGGGAGGGACAGAGCCCAUCCCAUCCCACCCCUGCCAGGGACAGGCGCAGGAACAUCUCCACUAUCCCAGGGACAGGGACACCUCCACUAUCCCAGGGACACCUCCACUACCCCAGGCUGCUCCCAGCCCCAUCCAGCCUGGCCUUGGGUGGGCAGCACCACUUUCACUGUGAUCAAUACUCCCAGGCUCUGAGUUUGAGCUCCAGCAGGUGGCUGGAAUUUCCCAGUUCCCCACUUUUCCUGCUCACAGCAGGUGCUGGCAGUGAGCAGCCCCAGCUUUGGGAAUACUCAGCAGUCCCAAAAUCCCCAUUUUUCCAGCAAGAAGGGCUGGGAGCUCGCUGGGCUCAGUGUGAGCUGUCCCAGGCCAGUGCACAGGCAGGAGGUGCAGUGCCUCUGCUGUCCCUGCUGAGAGAACAGAGAUGUUCACUCCAACAGAUGGCAAUAAAACACCCUGGGUCACUCUGCAUGUGGUCAGUGACAGGCUGCAUUAUUUCUCUUAUGAUUUACAGCCGUGUGCCAAGCAGUUGCUGUUAUCAGAAAUGUGGCAUUUUUUAAAACCUGGAAUAACAUGAACAAACCCAUUCUGCAAGGAAAGGGUACAAACUCACCUCAAAUGAGUUUAUCAGUCCUGAUACCCCCAUGUCUCUUGUAUUGCAGCUUUAAAGUGCUCUAUUUUAGAACCCAUUGACUAGAAACAGUGGUGCUGCAGGAAGUCUUGUGUCAGUGCAGUUUUCUGAAGGGAGAAAUGAGGCUAUGGACAACCCCACCCAUGUGUGUAAAACUGGGAGAGGGUUCUAUGCUGUGGCUGGAUCAAACCCUGCAUUCCAGUGAUUCCUGACAUUUGGAACCUGAUCUUUCCAGCAACAGAAUAGAAUGAGCAGCAGCUUGAUUAAACAUGAAAAUCAGAACACUCA